UUGAACAGUGUGCUGGCGCUCAGCAUCAGGGCUCCUUUUGCGACUGAUAUCCCGCUGGAUAGCUACGCAAUUUCUUUUUAAUCAGUUUUAAAAUAAAUACAUUGGAAUGCAUUAUUUCUGAAAAGCAUCAAGAGCAACGCGUGCUUUGCCAUAGGGACCACUUUAUAGAAAAAUACGUGAUAUAUUAAAGGAGUUGCAAUGCUCCACUCAAAGGAUAUCGUUUUUGCCUUGCUUCUUGUGGGCUCUACAGUGGCUUUGGACGUGCAGAUCACCCCCAGGCAGGGAGAGAUCAGUGUCGGGGAGUCGAAGUUCUUCCUGUGCGAAGUGGUCGGGGAGGCCGAGAAGAUCGACUGGUUAUCUCCCAGCGGCGACCGGAUCGAGAGCAACAGGCCGGACGUCACCGUGACCCGCAACGACGAGUCGUCGUGCACGCUCACGCUCUACAGGGCCGGCGUGGACAACGCCGGGACGUACAAGUGCGUCGCCACCAACGGAGACCAGCAGGCCGAGUCCACGGUCAACGUCAAGAUCUACCAAAAGAUCACUUUCCAGAAUGCCCCGUCCCCCCAAGAGUUCAACGAAGGAGACAGCGCCAGCCUCAUCUGUGAUGUCAUCAGCUCCCCGCCCCCCACCGUCAUCUGGAAACACAAAGGGGCCAAGAUCCAAAUGGAGAAGGAUGUUCGGUUUAAGAUCCUGAGCAACAACCACCUGCAGAUCCGGGGGAUCAAGAAGACUGACGAGGGCAUGUACACCUGCGAGGGGCGCCUCAUGGCCCGGGGAGAGAUCGAUUUCCGGGUCAUCAAGGUCGUCGUCAACGUGGCCCCGUCCAUCAGGGUCUGGCAGUCUGAGGUGAACGCCACGGCCGACGCCGGCCAGGCGGCCAUGUUGUCUUGUGCUGCCGACGGCUUCCCAGAGCCCAUGGUGUCCUGGGCAAGGAACGGAGUGGUUCUGGAAGCAGGGGAGAAGUACAGCUUCAACGACGACGGCUCCGAGAUGACUCUAAUGGACGUGGCCAAGCUGGACGAGGGAGAGUACACCUGCAUCGCCAAGAACAAGGCCGGGGAGGUGGAGCAGGAACUCAGCCUGCGCGUGUUCGUGAAGCCCAGGAUCACCUACCUGGUGAACCAAACCGCGUCAGAGAUGCAGGAGCAGGUGACUCUGACCUGCGAGGCGUCAGGUGACCCCACCCCCACCAUCAACUGGAGCUCCAGCAAGCGGGUCUUCAAGGAGGAGGAGCAGGAACAUCCAAACAGGAUCUAUCAGGCCUCGUGGACUCGACCUGAGCAGCACAAGAGCCUGGACGGGAACGUGAUGGUGAGGAGCGACGCCCGCCUGUCCUCCCUCACCCUGAAGAAGGCCGAGUACACGGACGCAGGCCUGUACCUCUGCACGGCACGCAGCUCCAUCGGAGAGGACGCCCGGCACGCGUACCUGGAAAUACGCUACUCUCCUAAGAUCACCGGCUCGGUCGCCGUGUAUACCUGGGAGGGCAACCCAGCCAACAUGAGCUGUGAGGUCCUGGCCCACCCCAGCCAGGUGUCCUUACUGUGGCUGAGAGACGGCCUGCAGCUGCCCAGCCUCAACACCACCAACAUCAAGGUCUACAGCGGCCCAUCAGCCAGCUUCUUGGAGGUCACCCCAGAGUCGGAGAACGACUUUGGGAGCUACAACUGCUCCGCCUCCAAUGAGAUGGGCACCGAGUCCAAGGAGUUCCUUCUCAUUCAGGCCGACGUGCCAUCUGCCCCUUCCGUCGGACAGGUGGAGCCCUUCUCCAGCUCGGCCAGGGUGCUGUUCCAGGAGCCCGAAGCCUCCGGGGGGGUGCCCAUCCUGCGCUACCGGGCCGAGUGGAAGCCCGUGACCCGGGGGAGCUGGGUGCACCGGGUCUACGAGGUCCAGAGAGGUGCUUCGACGGAGGUGACGAUCACAGGCCUGAAGCCAGAGACCAACUAUGAGGUGAAGAUGUCUGCCGCCAACGGCAAGGGAGAAGGUGACAGCAGCCCCGCUGUGAUCUUCAAGACGGAGCCUGUUCGUUAUUCUUACACAAGGGAGCCCAACCCUCCUAAGCUGGAGGGCAUACUGCAGCCCAAAGGCAACUCCCUCAAGGUGAAGUGGACCAAGCAGGAUGACGGGGGCUCGCCCAUCACACACUACCUGGUCCGCUUCAAACCAAAGCAGCUGUCGGAGUGGAAGCCUGAGAUGAGGAUGCCCAGCGGGAGCGACUACGUGGUGCUCACCAGCCUGGACUGGAACACGGAGUACGAGGUGCUGGUGGUGGCCGAGAACCUGCAGGGGAAGUCCCAGCCCGGGGUCCUGACGGUCCGGACCGACCCCGAGCCAGCGGCCAUCCCAGCAGACCUGGGCGACGAGUCGGCGCUGUCCACGGGCAUCAUCGCCGGCAUCCUCCUGGUGGCCGUGCUGCUGCUGCUGCUGGCCGUGGACGUCAGCUGCUACUUCAUCAACAAGUGCGGCCUGAUCAUGUGUCUGUGCGGGAAGCCCGGCUCCACGGCCAAGGACAGCAGCCUGGAAGGUGGCAAGGCAGCCUUCAUGAAAGACGAGUCCAAAGAGCCCAUCGUGGAGGUGAGGACGGAAGACGAAUGCACGGCCAAUCACAACGCGGGCGGGCCCACGGAACCCAACGAGACCACGCCCCUCACAGAGCCAGAGCUGGCCGCUCACGCCGCGGCCCUGGCCCUGGACACGCUCUCCUCCGUAGCCACCAACUCUGACACGCCCACCGCCGACACCUUUGACCCCACCCUGGACAGCCCCUCUAGCGAGACCACCACCCUCACCUGCAGCUUCUUAGCCCUGGCUAGCGACCCCUCUCCUGCCCCGGCCUCUGCCCCGGCCCCCACCCAUGCUGCCCCACCCAAACCCGCAGCCCCUACACUAGCCCCAGCCCACACCCGCUCCUCUGCCCCAGCCCCACCCACAUCCCCUUCCCCAGGCCCCACUCGUUCUGCCCCUGCCCUCACCCCUGCCACGGCCACGCCCCCGGCCCCCACUCGGAAGAUCUCCUCUGACGUCCCAGCUAAAGCAUCCCCGUUGCUAGGAGACGGAGCCCCCCUGCCUGAGGUCAGAGCUGCCCCUGCUGUGACUGCCUCUGACAGCCCCAAACCUCCACGGUCCCCGAUACCAAUCCCCCCCAAGCGCCGCAACUCUCCCAAACUACUGGGCACGCCUCGCAGAGCCAGCCCCCCCCCGUCUGCCCUCGCCACUGACUCCCCCUCCUCCUCUCCCACCCUGAACACCAACAAACCCUCUCCCCUGGCCCCUGCGAAUACAUCUCCUGGCCCUGAAGCACUUGUUACCCCCAGCUCCACCAAACCUACCCCAGCUCCACCUACAGCCCUGUCCACCGGUCUGCUCACCUCUACCCCUCCUAACACUGAUCCACCAGCCCCUGGUGUCCAGGACACCAGCGCUGGACCACCUCCUACCAAAGAUAUCCUGACCCCAGCUCUCACUACCCUGACCCCAGCUCUCACUGACCUAACAGCCACCAGCGGUAAUACCCCAACCUUCCUGGACGCUGACAUCAUUUCCCCCGGAUUCCUUGAUAGUAUGACACCUGCCGCUGACGCUUCAGACAUCCUCACCCCCACCCCUGUAGCUGCACCCACACUUGUCCCUAAAGUCCCCAUCCAUGCCCAAGCGGUGCCCUCUGCCACCCCCACACCCAUCUCCUCUUCCUACGACAUGCUAGCUUCCACUCUGACCGCCUGUCCGCCCGCGACCACAGAGCCCAGGGCCCCAUACAAUGACUUAGAGCUGAGCGGUGUGCUGAGCCCCUCCAUGGCCCUAGCAGAGCUCUCUAGGCUGGGGAGCGCUCCCGUCCCUGCCCCCUCCCUGGCCAACGGAGACGGAGCUGACCUCCUGCCUCUGGAGGACCCUGAGACUCUGGCCAAGGCUGCAGUCCACAACGAGAAGAUGAUAUGCGAGGAAAAGACUAAAGAGGAGUCGGACAUGAAGACAGCCCUGUCAGAGGUGACAGGAGAACUCAACAACAUCGCACGUCUAAACGCCAGCGAGAGCAAAGCAUGAUGGGUGGGCGAGGCCCUGGCGUUCCUCAUGGCUGCAGCAGCAGCAGAAACUCUGCCGGUUUUGAUUUCCAGUGCCCUUAACCGCAUCUCCAGCACACAUAGACGAGCAUGAGAAUCA